CCUCGGGAUGACAUCACUGCUGGACAAAGCAGCAAGGAGUGGUUUCUGUGAAGAGAACCGUCCCAAAUCAAUGAAUCACUCUGAAAAAAUACCCUGCACUUUUAUCCACCGUCAAAACAAGCUGUUAUCGAGUCGGCAGCAGUUUUGUUGUGUUUUACUGAGAGAGGAAUGAACUACUCUGGAAAAUAACAUCGGCUGUGCUGAGCAGAGAAAGAGUCACUGCCGCUGGAUGGUUGGUGGUUUUUUUCUUAAAGUUUCGCCGUCCUAACAUGCGCUGUGUCUGAAGAAGUUGACCUGCGGUUUGAAUCCACCCUGGAACAUCAUGCUGUCCCUCCUGCUGUCCGCAAUGCUAGCCGUCCAAGCUAUGGCUGUGAUGGAAGUGCAAGUCCCGGAGCAGCCAGUGGUGGCGCUGCACGGCAGAGAUGCCAUACUCAACUGCUCCUUCAGCCACGCCAGUCCCUUCAACCUGUCUGAUCUGAGCGUCUUCUGGCAGCUGACAGACACCAAACGCAGUGUGCACGGGUACAGGGAGGGACACGACCAGCUGACGGACCAGGCCGAGAGCUUCGCCAACCGUACCAGCCUGUUCCCCACCCAGCUGGGCCUUGGCAACGCCUCGCUCCUGCUGAGCAGGGUGGGGGUGGCUGAUGAAGGCAGCUACACCUGCUUCGUCAGGGUGCAAGACUAUGGCAGUGCUGCUUUGCUGCUGCAGGUGGCCGCCCCCUACUCCAAGCCUGUGGUGACUUUGGAGCCUGAAUCCAACCUGCGGCCAGGCGAUGAGGUGGCCCUGACUUGCGAGGCCUACGGUGGUUUUCCUGAGGCGGGUGUCAUAUGGCAGGAUGGAGGCGGUCGCAACCUGACGGACAAUAUCACCACUUCAUUGGUGGCCAAUGAGGAAGGGCUGUUCACCAUGACCAGCGUGCUGACAGUCGUGCUGGAGCCCAAUAGUACCUACAGCUGCAGACUGAUCAACCCGCUGCUGGGCGAGGAUGGCUACGCCUUUGUCACAAUCACAGGUCAGAACAUCGCAUUCCCCCCGGUGGCUCUGUGGGUAACUGUUGGCCUGGCAGUGUGUCUGCUGGUGCUGCUCAUUGCCCUGGCUGCUGUCUGCCGCAGGAAGAUCAAGGAGAGCUGCGAGGAGGCCAGGAGAGAAGCUGAAGAAGCCAAGGAGCUGGAAGAAGAGGAGUCAAAGACAGCCAUGACACCACUGAAAAGUUAAGGCCAAGAGAAUAAAGGAGUCUGGGCCAGACGGCGGGUAAGAGAUGAGUCUGGCGGGUAAUCCCACUCCACCUAUCCAUCAACCUGGAGACUAUUUCCAACGUCCCCUACAGAAUGUCAAAGCCUCGCUGAGCAGAAGAUGAGUCCAUCAUCUUCUUUCUAAGACUUUCCCCCCGAGUUUCCAUCAAAACACAUAAACAUAUCAUGUGCCAUUAUUUUCUAUUGCCCUCCCCUCCCUCUCUGUCAAUGGAGGGCCACGGCAGUGAGUGAAUGCAGCUGAGUGGGUUGUGUUCUAUGCAGUAUGCAAAAGAGAAGCUCUGUUUGAAAACUACUGGAUGUGACAGGAUCCUUUCUCUGUCGCUGACAUCACUGUGUAUGGGCUGCGAUGGGGCAUGUGCCAGAGACACUUAAAGAGAUGACCCUGCCUCAGUUGCCAUCACUGUCUCUCUGCCAGAGAGAGAGCUUGGCUCUCCCAUUACUCCUGCACUUGCUAAUUAGCGUCUGUCGUUGGAGUAACUUGUACCUGUCAGUGUGUGCCGCUCUCCUAUAUUCAGUAACAUGAAGGAAUUGAAAUUGAAUGCCAGCUAAGCUCCAACAAACUGCAAAUGGUGCAUGGGAUACACCCUGAUAUUCUCACUGACCUGACAGCCUUACAUGUAAGAAAUUGUUUUUAAUGAACACAGACGAUCUCAGCUAGUUUGCUACUGCUGGAGUGGAAUGUUUUAUCUCUUGCAGGCUACAGCCUAUACAGAUUGUUUUAUUGCUUUUUUUUUUAGGUACUUGAGCAAGUCCCUGUGCCAUAUGUCCAUGUAGGAAUACCAAAGCCGUUUGUGUCAGAUAACCCAGUGCCUAUUUACAUUAAAGAGACAUGGUGAAACUG